AUGGAGCUGUCUAUGUUCAAUGUGAGUCAUGGCUUCACGGAAGCUGUAGCCCGAGGGCUAAGAUCAGGCUUCUUAGGAGUCGAAGACUAUAGGCGGCUUGGAACAUGCGACACGCUUGAGGACAUGCGAAGUGCUUUGGAGGAGACAGAUUAUGGAACUUUCCUCCAGGAUGAACCUUCUCCCUUGCUGGUGUCCACAAUCUCAAAGAAGUGCUAUGAGAAGCUAGCUGACGAGUUCAGGUACUUGAAGGCACAGACAGUGGAGCCUCUGACCACUUUCAUGGACUUUAUCGCUCGGGAGAAGAUGAUUGACAACGUUUGCAUGAUUAUCCAAGGAGCCCUGAACAACAAGGCCCCCAAGGAGCUGGAGGAGAAGAUCCAUCCCUUGGGGAUUUUUGAGGGUAUGAAGGUCAUCAUGUCAGAAAGCUUUGAUGUGCAGGGUGGCUUUGAUGAUGUCUAUCGAAUCUUCCUCGUGGACACGCCCAUUGGCCCUUACUUUGAGGAAUACCUCAAAGAGGCAGAUCGUGACAAAGAUGAAAUGGCCCGUGCUGGGAUUGAGACAUCACAGGUGGGGGGUAUUCUGACUAAGCAGGACUUGGAAAUCAUGAAGACGAGCUUGAAAAAGGCCUGGCUGGAGGACUUCUACUCCUUCGUGAUGAGCCAAGGAGGCACCACUGCAGAGGUUAUGGGACAUAUCCUCAAGAUGGAGGCCGAUUUCCGAGUGUUGCUGGUUACAAUGAAUGCGCUGAACACAAACCUUAGUACGGAGUCCUCAUUGCAGGACCGCAAUGCUUUGUACCCAAACUUUGGCUAUCUUUAUCCAGAAGGCACAAAGGAGCUGCGGAAGGUCUUCAAUGACACGACGGUGCGUGCAGCCCUUGAACCCUACUCCAAGUACUUGCAGUACUUUGAUCAGGUGAAGGACUUCUAUGAUGCGGAAUCUGGCGGAAGAGGCCAGGGUACAUCAUUUCAGUCCAUCGAGGAUUUGAUUUAUGCAGAGAAUGUCCACAUGUACGAGAUGGCUUUCGAGCAGCAGUACCACUUCGGCAUUUUCUAUGCUUGGGUCAAGCUGCGAGAGCAGGAAAUCAGAAACAUUAGGUGGAUUGCGAACAUGGUUGUCCUGAACACGAAGGAUCACAUUGAUGACACCAUCGUUCCGAUCUUUCAGCCCCGCAUGUAG